AUGCAUCUUGGUUGGACUGAGAGUAUCGUGUUAGUUAUUUUGGAAUUAAAAAUGGCAGAGAGAGCUGCUUCAUCGACAGGUGAUAAUACAGAGAGAGCGAGCUCGAGCUUGCUCACUCGGCGACAGGCGGCUUUCUUGGUCUGUAGCCAACGGUAAUUUUUUAUGCUUUCACCAAAGUUCUUGGCCUGAAACACCAAAUACACUGGUUCUCUCUCUCUCUCUCUCACGUGGGAGGAAGGGACCAAAGAGAGGUGGAGAGAUCGCAGUCUUGUUUUAGUCAAGAAAGGAAAGGAGACAGAAGAAAAGGGAGAUGGAGAUAGAGAAAGAGAGGACCGUUACUUGGCAAAUGUCGUUCUGAGCAAAGCUGCAUGUGUUUGUGAAACUUUUUUUCUUCUCUUUUUCCUCUUUGCCUUUUCUUUCCCUCUUGGUUAGAGAGAGAGAGGUAGGCAUUACUAGUAAUGGCGUCCUGAGGGGAAGGCCGCCUCGUACUUGCAAAACUCUUUUGCUUUUCUCUUCUUCUUUCAAUUUCUUUCCUUCUUUCUUUUGGUCUUUUGAGAGAGAGGGGGAGAGAGAGUGGAGGUGGUGUGGGCCCGCUGAGAGAGUGUGGGGGAGGGGGUAAUGGCGGCCAGUGUGAUGAUGUCGAGAGAAGGGCAGCAGCCGGUCUUCCACGACUUCCUCGGCAUGAGCUGUACGGACUCAGCGGUGUUGCCGGCGGCGAACAAGAGCGUUGCUGGAAGCGCGCAGGGAGACUUGUCGGCAGGAGGAGCAUCUUCAGCCGCCGGCCAGCCUCUGGUUCGAACCAGCUCCCACCUCGUCUCCGAACGGCAGCGGGGAAGCAAUCUCGAUGAAGUUCAGUUACAUGGUCAAAUGAGUAGUUCCAUGUUGCUGGACCGGUGUUCUGGAAGGAAGAGGAGCAAUUCGGACUCGGGAUUCAUGGGAUCAAUGAGAGGCAGGAUGUUGCAAAUGGGUGCAGAUUCUAUGGAAAAUGCAAACUUGAUGAAGAUUUAUCAAAAUGAAGCAAGAGAUCACAGAGUAGUUGGACGGCAUCAGGAAGAAGUUAUAAAUCUUAUGCAACCACCAAGAAGUGGUUCUGCUAAUCCAGCUUUAUUGCAGCUGCAAAUGAGCAUGAGAUCAGAUUUUGCUGCGUCAAAGUUGGAUCAGGUCAUGCCAACCAAUAGAAUGCCUGCAAUGAGCUUCCAUCCUCGCCUUAGUCAGUGCACUCAGUAUGGAAUAUUUGCAGAGAAAAUUUCUUCAGUGACUGGUGCAGGUGAGAGGACUUCUACUAGCGUGAUGCUGAGUAAGCAAAUGGCCAGUCCUCAAGCGAUUGCAUUUGAAUCCAGUGGUCUAUCAAGCCACCAAAUUUUGCCAUCAGUUAAUCGUCAGAUGACCAUAUUCUAUGCAGGACAAGCACACGUAUUUGAUGACGUCCAUCCAAAAAAGGCAGAUGCAAUCAUGGCCUUGGCUGGAUCAAAUGGCCGUUCAUGGUCCACGGCAUAUUCUUCCAGAAGUAGCGAGUCUGCAUCCUUGAGUGAAUCGUGCAAGCUGGCCAGGAAUAGCGACCUUGGUGGUAAAAAGUUAUUUUCUCAAGAUACCCAGGGAAAGCUUCCAUCCCCAGCCAGUGCCUACAACAAUGGUGGUCAGGCUUCAUCCUUUCCAGAUCCAAAUAUAGCACCUGGGGUUCAAGGCAGUAGUCCUGUCAAAGAUGCGAAGGAGCUCAUAACGGCACAGGCAGCUGGACUAGAAAACAGAGGGAACAAGGAUGGAGAAUAGAUGAAAGUCGUGGAUCUCAAAUCUAAAUUUGCUUUCAGUUUGAAUGUAACAGUGGAGUUUCCUCAACAGUUUUGUGGUUGGAACGAAGCUGGUACUCACUACUUGGAAGGCUCUUUUGUCACGUUUCUAGUUCUCAUGUAAUGAUUCACAUCAUCGAUGUCAUCAACUUUCAAUCAGUUCAUACUUCUAAUCUUCUUGCACCGCCUUCUUGUACUGAAUGACAUCCUUUUUUCUGCUAA